UGCGUGGCACAAUACACUAACACGGAACCUCCGCAUCCUGAUGCCAGCGGUGAUCAAAGGUGCACCACUUUGGUCAUUUACUCAAACUAAAUGAAUCUAGCACAGUUGCUCCACUUUGCUUCUCCUAUUUGAUCAGCGGUAUUUAUUAGUGUUUUAUCUUUUAUCUGUCGUGUCCUGUAGCAGUACUAGUACUUCGUAGUAAACAUUACAUGUCUGCAAGAAAACUAACUCGUCGCUCUCCGGGAGACGUGCCUCUGGAAGCGGACAUGGAGGUCGGGAAGAACGGGGAGAAGAGGCACGUCGCUGCCCUGAUCCUCGCUAGAGGAGGCAGCAAAGGCAUCCCGCUGAAGAACAUCAAGAUGCUGGCCGGAGUGCCCCUCCUCGGGUGGGUGCUGAGGGCUGCGGCGGACGCAAACAUGUUCGACAGUAUCUGGGUCUCCACCGACCACGAGGACAUCGUGAAGGUAUCCCUGGCCUUCGGGGCCAAGGUUCACCCCAGGAGCCCGGAGGUCUCAAGAGACUCGUCCAGCUCUCUGGAGGCCAUCCAGGAGUUCGCCCGGCUGCACCCAGAGGUGGACGUGGUCUGCAACAUCCAGGCCACGUCGCCCUGCCUGCACCCGUUCCACGUGAAGGAGGCGCUGGAGAAGAUCACGCUGGAGGGGUACGACUCGGUCUUCUCCGUGGUGCGGCGGCACCAGUUCCGCUGGCGGGAGGCCAAGAAGGACACCGACGGCGUGACCGCCCCUCUGAACAUGAACCCCAACAAGCGGCCGCGGCGGCAGGACUGGGACGGGGAGCUGUGUGAGAACGGAUCCUUCUACUUCGCCUCCAGGGACCUGAUCCUGAACCACGGGGUGCUGCAGGGAGGAAAGAUGGGCUACUAUGAGAUGUUACCGGAGUACAGCGUGGACAUCGACGUCGACAUCGACUGGCCGGUCGCUGAGCAGCGGGUGCUGAGGUUCGGUUACUUCGGCAAGGACAAGCCGGAGGUGGUGCAGCUGAUGUUCUGCCACGUCUCGGGCUGUCUGACGGACGGACAGACGGCGCUGUCGGCCUCCGGGGACGAGAUGGUGCACAUGAACACCCGCGACAUCAUGGGCAUCCGCAUCCUGAAGAGGGAAGGGGUGGAGGUGGUGCUGCUGGUGUCGAAUGAAGACGACAUGUCUGAAGUGCUUUCUGACAAGCUGUCGACGAGGACCGGUUGCGAGGUCAAGCAUGUGGGAGGGGAGACCCUGUUGGAUGUGGAGAAGUGGCGAGAGGAGAAGAAGCUGGACUGGAAGGAGGUGGCGUUCAUGGGCUUCGACGAGCCGGACGUGGAGUGUCUGAAGCUGGCCGGGCUCAGCGCGGCGCCCGGGGACGCGCCCGCCGUGGCGGUCAACGCCGCCCGGUACGCCUGCCGCGCCCGCGGGGGGCAGGGCGCCGUCCGGGAGUUCGCCGAGCACAUCCUCCUCCUCAAGAGGAAGGCCAAGUGUCAGAUGGAGCGCGACCGCAUCAACCGCGAGAGCUUCUGAGGGAACGCCGCGUCGGACGGAGGAACGCCGUCGGGGACGGAGGUACGUCGUCGGGGACGGAGGUACAGCGUGACGGAGGACGGUUCACUGGACGAGUGCAAACGAUUGUGCGACAAGGAGAUUAUUUGGGCUUGUUUAACGAUCACUAAUCUGUGAUAUUUUAGGAGGGUUUAUCGUUUUAGUUUUUUGGGAUUUGACAUGUGGUUGAAGGAUUUUUGUUUUUUUCAAAGCAUGGCUUUGAUUGUGUGUGUGUGUGUGCGUGUGUGUGUGCGUGCGUGCAUGUGUGCGAUUGGUCUCCCAUGUUGACCAGCGAUCCAACGUGAACAUUGCUUGAUUGCAAGUAGGGUGGCGGAAGCAUCCUCAGAUUAUCUCUGUCCUGGUGCUGUUUACCUGAUUGUUUUGUGAUUCUUAAUUUGCUUUGAAGAAGCAAGCAGUUAUUUAUGUUCUUUUUAAUUUUAGUUGUAUCUGGUGUGGAGUAGUGUCUAGAUUCGACCACCAGAGGACGCUGUUGUGUUAAAGAUGAUAUAAUUGAAAACUCCCUUGUCAUUGCAUUCUAUCCUAUAUACCAUGUUUUUUUUGAAAAACCUUGGAAGUGCAUCAACAGUUUUUUCGUUAUUUGUCACACAAGCUUGCAUCAACUGGACUAUUAAUAUUUGUUAUUUAUUAUCUUUCUCCUACAGUUAAUGCUCUGUACUGCAGAUUCUAUAAAUCUUCUUAAAGGGUAAUUCCGGUGUAAAAUGGAUAUGUUUUGUAUGAUAACGAGUUGAAACGUUCGUUUUGGAGCACAAAAACCACAGAUUGACGCUUUCUUCAGUUGGCUGUUUUUAGCCGAUUCUAUCAAAACGCUAUAAACUUGGAACAAUGGGGCCAGUGGUUAUGGUAAGCGAUUUCGUUUUUACCAUAACCACUGCCCCCUUCGUUCGCUUCCUUCGCUGUUUAGAGUGUUAACCGCCGGACUUAUCAAUACACCAUGAAGACACCGAAUAAAGUCAUAACAAUGGUUGUACUUGACUUUAUAAUUCGC